AUUAUUUGUACUUUUUCUUCUCAUUCAGUUAUAAAUAGGCCAACUCAAUUCCACUUCAAUGCAUCUUUUACACUAAAAUAGUUUUUCAACAAUAAAAUAGCAGGAAAAAAAUGACACACAAAGUUGUUUUGUUUCUCCUACCUUUUCUCCUGCUCUUGUUGAUUAAUGGACAAGGAAGCUCUGCUCGAUAUAUCAAACUUGAGCAAGAGAGUGUAGAAGAAAAGGAAGUUGAUCAACCUUACAUUGAUGGUUGGCUCAAAAAUCCAUUGAAGAAUCAAAAACUCAUCCAUGACUCCAACCAAGUUUACCUUGAUGGAUGGUUGAAAGAUACCCGAACUGAGAGAGCAAAAUCUUCCCCCGAUUCCAACCAAGUAUACCUUGAUGGAUGGUUGAAAGAUACUCGAACUGAGAAAACAAAAUCAACCGCAGACUCCAACCAAGUUUAUCUUGAUGGAUGGUUGAAAGAUAUCAGAGUUGAGAAAGCUAAGUCCACCCCUAACUCAAACCAAAUUUACCUUGAUGGAUGGUUGAAAGAUACUCGAGCAGAAAAAACAAAAUCCACCCCUGACUCCAACCAAGUUUAUCUUGAUGGAUGGUUGAAAGAUACCCGAGCAGAGAAAGCAAAAUCCACGUCUGACUCCAACCAAGUUUACCUUGAUGGAUGGUUGAAAGAUACUCGAGCUGAGAAAGUAAAAUCUACUGCUGACUCCAACCAAGUUUAUCUUGAUGGAUGGUUGAAAGACAUCAGAUCUGAGAAAGCAAAGUCCACACCGAACUCCAACGAAGUUUAUCUUGAUGGAUGGUUGAAAGAUACCCGAUCAGAAAAAGAAAAAUCCACCUCUAACUCCAACCAAGUUUACCUUGACGGAUGGUUGAAAGAUGUCCGAGCUGAGAAAGUCAAAUCUACCUCUGACUCCAACCAAGUUUAUCUUGAUGGAUGGUUGAAAGAUAUCCGAGCAAAGCAAACAAAAUCCACCCCUGACUCCAACCAAGUUUAUCUUGAUGGAUGGUUGAAAGAUAUCCGAGCAAAGCAAACAAAAUCCACCUCUGACUCCAACCAAGUUUACCUUGAUGGAUGGUUGAAAGACACCCGACCUGAGAAAACAAAAUCCGCAUCUGACUCCAACCAAGUUUACCUUGAUGGAUGGUUGAAAGAUAUCCGAGCUGAGAAAGCGAAAUCCACAUCUGACUCCAACCAAGUUUAUCUUGAUGGAUGGUUGAAAGAUAUCCGAGAUGAGAAAGCGAAAUCCACAUCUGACUCCAACCAAGUUUACCUUGAUGGAUGGUUGAAAGAUAUCCGAGCUGAGAAAGUGAAAUCCACAUCUGACUCCAACCAAGUAUACCUUGAUGGAUGGUUGAAAGAUAUCCGAGCUAAGAAAGAGAAAUCCACCCCAGACUCCAAACAAGUUUACCUUGAUGGAUGGUUAAAAGAUACUCGAAGUUAGUUCAUAUCUUUGUUUGUCAAUGUCUAUGUCAUUCCGAAUAAAUUUCAUGUUGUUCCUAUGUUUUUAACUUCUAUGUACUGUAAGAUCAUAUUUCUAUGUACUAAGUAAGGUCUCGUUUAUGCACUUAAUGAGAUAUUGUUAUUAUGAACUA